UUCAAUUCGCAACAGCUGAAGACGUUUAUGUCCCCUUGACGUGAAAAGUACAGUUAUAUAGCGGUAGCUUUUCGGGGAAUACUUUGAUAUGCUAAUUCAUGCAAAUGAGGGAGUGAAACUGGCGGGGUGAACUGAGCAGCCCGGAGUAGCCAGUACUGAGAGUAGCAUGCGACGCUCAAAGUGUAAGAUGGCUCUGCCGCUCCCCUUCACGGAAGCCAUACGGAACCCGCAGGUCAAAUUUACAAAGAUAUUCAUCAACAAUGAAUUUGUCAACUCUACAAGCGGCAAGAUGUUCCAGGUCACUAACCCGGCCACGGAGGUAAAGAUCGCGGACGUCCAGGCGGGAGACAAGGCCGAUGUUAACAAAGCCGUCGCUGCAGCUACAAGGGCGUUGGACUUCGACUCCCCAUGGCAGAGUAUGGACGCCAGCAAGAGGGGGCGUCUUCUUGAUAAACUGGCUGACCUUAUGGAGCGGGACACUGCCUAUAUUGCCAGCUUGGAGGUCAUUACCUGCGGCAAGCCAUACCGUGACGCCUUCUUCGUCGACGUUUUGAGCAGUGUGCGAGUACUACGGUAUUUUGCAGGGUUUGCAGACAAGAUUACUGGGAAGACGAUACCGAUAGAUGGGGAAUACUUCUGUUACACACGGCAUGAACCUAUUGGAGUCGUUGGACAAAUCAUACCGUGGAACUUCCCUAUACCGAUGAUGAUAUACAAGAUCGCCCCCGCGUUGGCGUGUGGGAACACGGUGGUGCUGAAGCCAGCGGAACAGACGCCCCUGUCAGCGCUCUACAUAGCAGACCUCAUCAAGGAGGCCGGGUUCCCGCCUGGCGUCGUCAACGUCGUUCCUGGGUUCGGCCCCACCGCGGGCGCUGCCAUCGCCUCCCACCCCGGCGUCGACAAGGUGUGCUUCACGGGGUCUGUUGAGAUUGGCCGUCAAGUGAUGAAGAUGGCUGCCGACUCGAACCUGAAGCGCCUGAAUCUGGAGCUUGGAGGCAAGAGCCCAAUAGUAGUGUUUGAAGACGCGGAUAUGGACUACUCCAUUGAGAAAUGCCAUCACGCGUUGUUCUUUAACGCCGGCCAGUGUUGCAUGGCAGGGUCAAGGACGUACGUACACGAGGACAUCUAUGACACGUUCGUGCAGCGGAGUGUGGAUAGAGCCAACAUAAGGAUAGUCGGAGACCCGAUGGACACGGCCACAGAAUCUGGACCACAGUUGGACCACGCCCAGUUUAAGAAGAUUUUGGCUAUGAUAGAGUCCGGCGUGGAGGACGGCGCCACGCUCCGGUGUGGAGGCCAGCGGCACGGGGACAUCGGCUACUUCAUCAAACCUACCGUCUUCUCUGAUGUCACAGAGGACAUGCGCAUUGGCAGGGAAGAGAUAUUUGGACCGGUACAAUGCAUAAUCAAAUUCAAAACUCUGGAAGAAGUAAUCACGAGAGCCAAUUCUUCCGAUUACGGCAUUGCUGCCGCCAUAUUCACCUCUGACAUCGACAAGGUCAUGCUCUUCACCAGCAGGGUCAAGGCCGGAACAGUGUGGGUAAACUGCUACAACUGGCUGACACCACAGACUUCGUUUGGAGGCGUGAAACAGUCGGGCAUCGGCAGAGAGCUGGGAGAGAGUGCCAUCAACGAGUACACAGAAGUGAAAACGGUGACUAUGAAGGCUCCGGCGAAAGUGUGAGACGUCACGGACAAGGUGACAUCAUGGCGUCCUUCCCCUGUGUGUCUCUUGCACAUAUCAACGUUACAACAUCGUGUAUUCUCAUGCUGAAAGCAAUAAAUCUACAGAAAACCACA